CUGCAAACACACAUUUCAUCAUGUUCGUCAUCGUCAGUAUUUUGGCUCGACCUUUGGACUCUUCUUGGGGCCUGAUUUUAAUAUCCAAUAUAGUUAAUCAUUAAUAUCUCCUAGACGUAGUCGUAAAUGCUAAUGUAGGGAAAUGUCAACAGAAAAUAGCCAGUGACAUCGCGGAGACAUCCCCCUCUCCCUCUCUAUUCGUGAUAGUUAAUAUAAUAUACAUUUUCAUUCGUGAAUCAUUAUUGUAUAUUUCUACUUUCUGUACUCGGCCGGCGUAGAUGCUGAAUUUCUUGGAUAUUUUUAUGAUAAGUAUGGAUCUAUUUGCUUCUGUGAAGCUGGUAGUAUUAUGCAGCCUGUUUCAUUUCAUAACAGUGCAAUCGGAAAAUACGCGACUGAUGGACGGGAAUUUCCCUUUUGAGGGAAGAGUUGAGGUAUUGUACAACGGGGAAUGGGGGACGGUCUGUGAUGAUCAUUGGGGUAUUGAAGAGGCCGAGGUCGUGUGUAAAGACUUGGACUAUAUCGGGGCGGACCUAGCCCUUGUUUACGCAGCCUUCGGUCCUGGAACUGGUCCAAUUUGGAUGGACAAUACCUUUUGUUACGGAGGAGAAGAAGAUCUGUUUGAGUGCUCCAGGAGCCAUCAAAUAGGAACACACGACUGUGCUCAUGCGGAUGAUGCUUCGGUGGUCUGUACAGCAAGAGGUUCUCUCAGGCUUGUCAACGGUACCACGAACUACGCUGGCAUCCUGCAAAUUAUGGGGAAUUCUUCGGGCAUCUGGAAUGGUGUUUGUGGGGACACCUGGAGCCCGGAAGCUGGCGAAGUUGCCUGCCAUCAGCUCGGCUUCUCUGGAUACUUGAGCAGUGAUUUGGUUGCUAAGUCAAACAGCUCCAUCUAUCUGCACGACAACGAUACGAGGGCAUUCCUUGGUGGUUUCCGUUGCCAUGGCAAUGAGAUAAGACUUGAAGCGUGCCUUGAUGCAGAGUGGAGCUCCGUGGACACUUGCACUGGAAGUGAGGACAUUUUUCUGGUGUGCGAUCAGACAGACGUCCGCCUCGUUGACGGAAGUGAACCGCAUGAGGGUCGUGUCGAAGUCUUCUACGGUGGUACCUGGGGAACAGUAUGUGACGAUUACUGGGAUAUUAACGACGCCAGCGUAGUCUGUCGCCAAGUCGGCUACAGCUAUGGAGCCUUUGAAGCACCUCGGAACUCUGAAUUUGGUGCGGCCGAUGGUCCUAUUCUUCUUGACGACUUACAAUGUUAUGGAUGGGAGCAUAGUCUAUUUAGCUGUGGUCACAGUGGACUAGCCAACGAUAACUGUAAUCAUCGUACUGAUGCGGGCGCUGUCUGUUUAAGGAAGGAAAAACAAGUUCGACUACUUGGCGGUUUCACCAGUUACGAAGGGGUGGUGCAAGCAUAUGAAGACGGAGUGUGGAAGACGGUUUGUGACGUCGAUAACAACUGGGGUCGUGAGGAGAGGGAAGUGGUGUGUCGUCAGCUUGGUUACGAGGUCGAUGCCGAUUACCGGACGCCUGUGACAGUCAUUAGCGAGGUGAUCGGCGAGACGAUAACAGCAAACUACUAUUGUUCAGGACAAGAAGAUAGGCUUACCCAGGAAUGUUCGAGGCAUCUUUACAUUGGUGGAAAUUUAUGCAGACCAGAGAAUGUUGCACAAACUCGAUGCAGCCAACCAAAAGACCUCGAAGUCAGACUGAUUAAUGAAGAUUACGCUGGCCAAGGCGUUCUUGAGAUAUUCCACUCGGGGAGCUGGGGGACCUUGAACUCCCUCAGUGCACAACAAGCCGAGGUGGUCUGUCGGCAGCUCGGCUACGAGUCCGUUAUGGAGAUCUAUGACGACGGCGAGUUCGGGUUCGGGGUUGGUCCUAUAUUUGGCAUAGAGACGAUCGUAUGCGAUGGGGACGAGGAUGACCUCAGAGAGUGUGUUGGGAAUGUUACGGAGGUCGAAUUUCCCCGUCAUUCAAAGGACAUCGCUCUGAUGUGCAGGCCUCAUGAAUCAAUCGGAACUAUAGCAGUGCGACUUUUUGGCUACGACAACAUAGUAUCGAAGGGGCGGCUUGGGGUUUAUAUCGGAUAUGGAAUAUGGGGAUCUGUUUGUUCAUCAGAAGGAUGGGGGCAUUCUGAAGCACAGGCUGUAUGUAGGCAACUUAACUUUGGCACGGGUAGCCACGUCAAGGUCCUGGACCCCUCCGAGUUUCCCGAAAGCUACGGAACAAUAGCCUUUAGCAACGUUGACUGUGAUUCGGAUGAUAGUUCGCUGAGGGAGUGCCAAUAUGGUGCAUGGGGUCAUAACGACUGCGGACACCACCAAGAUGUAGGGAUCGACUGUUAUUAUUAUGAAGUUAACCCACAAGAGCCUGGCGAUGACCACGCUACGAGCAUACCAGUCUGGGAAAUCAUCCUCAUCACACUAAUGGCCAUGUUCAUGCUUCUCAUUCUAUCCGGCUUGGCCAUCUACCAGCAAGGACGCAGCAAACGCCGCCCUGGUACAUCCCCUAUCCACACACGCCCGACCGCGUCACGUGAUGACAUUGUACCAGCCAGUUACAACCCGAGUUGCGAGUUGACCGAGCCUCCACCAGACUACAGACCCCCUACCCCGCCGCCAGUUGAAUCGCCGCCAUCAUACGAAUCGGUCGUGAUUCCCACGAACAAGCGGAACGAUGACCAUACUGCACCUCGAGCCGAUGACGGUACUGACGAUCACCACGGCAAUGGCGACGAUCGUCAUUACGUCUCGGGUAUGCCACGUGAAAUAGAAAUCGAUCGUCACGGAACAACACAGCGUGUAAUGUAUCAAAGAACUGAUUCAGUGUUCAUUUAAAAAAAAGGAAUUUCAGUACCUCCAUAAACAGGUUUUUAGCUCCACUUUGGGUAAUGCAAAACUAAUGUCGAAGACCUGGAGAGCGAGUGAUUUUGGCAGCUAGAUUCCAAAUGUUUUCAGUAACAGACAAGUAAAUCUGAAACCCAUAUCUGGAGUAAGACAGUUGCUACUACUACCGUUACAGUACUUCUAUCAGUAUGUGGUUAUAUUAUUCAUAUACCUCCCC